AUGGGGAGAGGAAAACUGAGCAUGACAAUGAUCCCUAAUGAGAAAUCUCGGAAGACGACUUUCUUUAAGCGAAAGAAAAGUUUGAUGAGAAAAGCUUAUGAGCUCUCCACGCUCUGUGACGUUCGCACCUGCGUUUUCGUCUGUGGCCCCAACCAAAACGACCAGUCGUCAGUCGAGGUUCACACUUGGCCGCCGUCUCGGGACGAUGUUGAUGACAUGAUUGCUUCUUAUAGAGCCAAUUGCCUCCAUAAACGAGCUGGGAAGCCUUUUGAUCUCCUUGACUUCUUCUCCGAGCGCAAGAAGAAGAUCGAAAGCGACAUCUCGAAGCUUCACAAGGAUCUUGCACGAGCCAAGUUCCCAAAGUGGGACGAGCGCCUAGACUAUUUGUUGGAAGACCAGCUACGAGUUCUAAUGGAAGAACUGGACUCAAAGUUAGAUGCAACAAAGAGAAAGAUCGAGAUCGCGAUGGAGAAUCUCGAGGAGGGAGCGUCGUCCUCGACGGGCAGGAGCAGGCAAAUAACCCUAAACACAAACAUGAAGCAAGAGCAAAAUAGCUAUGGCAUGUUUGGAAGCUGUUUAGGAGUGGAAACACAAGCCAAUCUUAUGCCAUUCCAUCACCAAUACCAAAAUCUUCAAAGCCUUCAAAUGGAUCAUGAGCUUGAUAACAAUCUCUCCCCAUUCCUCAUUGGUUCUUCACAAGGCCCAUCAACAACUCAAAUUCAGCUCAAUUAUGGGAGUUUCCAAAACCCUAAUAUUUACAAUGAUCCAACAAUGGUUAUGGAAAGCAGCCAAAAUUACUCAUUGUGCCACUAUGGAGUUCCUCUUCCUCCACACUCAAUUCUUCCACUGUCAUAUAUGCAGCUGAGUGAUGAUCAAUUGAUGAUGGCAUGUGCUUCUUCAAAUUCUCACCAAAUGGGUUUGGCCAAUUUUAAUGCUUCUGCUCAACUCAAUAAUGAUCACUUUGAUUAUAACAGUUAUGAGUAUUUCAUGAAGAGCAACAACUUCUAA